AUGUACCUUAAUGACCUUCAUGCAAGCAAUUAUUAAAUUUAAUCACCUGUUGCAGAACAGAGAUUGUUGUAUCAAGAGGCAUUUGGAUAAAUAAGAUUAAAACAAAUUCACUCUUAGUCUAAGUUGAAAGACUUAUUAUUGAAAGCCAUAAUGAAAUUAAGGAAAUAUACGAAAAUAAAGAACAUCGAUUUAUUAAGCAAGCAUCAAUUACUGGCAUUUAAUGAUGUGUCUAGUUGUCAUAAUACAUUUGUGAAAAAAGAGAAGGAGACUACCCAAUUUGAAAAAUAAUAUUACUAAUACAAAUAAUAGAAUCUCAGUUUACAAUUGAUAGUAACAAAUCUAAUGAAUAUGGUUAGAAUGCAAGGUUUAAGGAGCAUAAAGGCAAGUCAUCCUUUGUUAAUAUUUUGGAGCUUUUUAAAAUUUUUAUUGGUUCUUCAUUUAUGCUUCAUUUUCCCACUGUCAGAUUCUUUCAUCCAAUAACUAGAUGAGUUUAUUCAGAUUUAGCAACCAAUAUUUUUUAUAGAAAUUGUUAUCUUAGCAGUGGAUAUAAUAAUGAGAUUAAAUGUACAAAUCUACAAUAAGGGUACUGUGAUAACAUAAACAAAAUAAAUAAUUGUUCAAUAUUUUAGGAAGGAAUUCCUAAUUGACUUUGGUGGAUUGUUGGGAUUGUUGGCAUUCUUAUUCUCUUAAUUUACACCAUUAAAAUAUUUAUUUGUACUCAAAAUAAAGGAAUUAUCGAAUUUUAUGGAAGUAUUCAAGUAUGAGAUUGAUCCUAAAGGCAAAUUCAAGAGCCACUUGAAAUUAAUGACUUUAUUAAUAACUGUGGUUUUGUUGGCUCAUUGUUUUGCUUGUGUUUGGAUUGGUGUUGGUUAGCAUUCAUUGAAUAAUAAUUGGAUUGUUUUGAGAGAUUUACAAAAUGCUCAUUGGCUGGAAAUCUAUGUGAAUGGUUUGUAUUUUGCAAUUACAACAAUGACUACAGUUGGAUAUGGGGAUAUUACACCAAUAAAUCCGUAUGAGGUGUCUGUUAGUAUUUGUUUAACUCUAUUCUCCUCAUGCAUAUUCGCAUAUGUUUUUAACACGAUCACAUCGAUUUUGAAAGAUCUAGAUGCAAAUAAAAGCAAAAUCAAGCAUGACCUAGAGAUCCUGAGUCUGUACAUGAAGAAACGUAACAUAGAUUCAGAUUUGCAAAAGAGAGUUGAGAAUUAUCUUAGAUUGGUUUACAAGCAUCAACCUUCAAUUUAGGAGAAGAAGAUCUUCAAUAAGUUAAGUCCCUAGUUGAGAUAAGAGUUAAAUGAAUAAGAUAAGGGUGUAAUGUUACUGAAACAACCUGCUUUAGUAAACAAUUUUUCAUUGAAGUUCCUAAGAGAUUUGAUUGAAAGCAUUUAAGAAAUUAAUUUGACUCCGAAUGAACAAUUACCUAAUGAUUAAGGUUUGAAUAUACUUUAGAAAGGAGAGCUUAAGUUGUUCUUUGGUGAACAUUAAACAUUAGUUGGAUAUUUGAAACCAGGAGAUGGAAUUGGCGUGAAGUCUUUGUUUAAUGGACAGAAUUAAAGUACUAGAUUGAGUUGUAAAAGUGAAGGAUUUUCACAGGUGUAUUAGAUUUCAUAGAAUGACUUUUUCAAGAAGUUGAAAGAUGCAGAUUUAGAUUAAUAUUAUUAGAUUAAAGAUAAGAUCAUGUAGAAUAAUUAUGACAAUUUAUAUGAGAAAUGUUUGUUGUGCAGAAAGUUUGGACAUGAGAUUUGUGAAGACAUUUACUUCAAUUUGAAUAAGGAAUUAAUUCUAGCCAAGUAUAGACAUUCGGUCAAUCAGGAAAGGAAAAUUGGAUAUAAUAGGAAGAGGAAGCAUAAAUAUAGAGUGUUUUAGGCUUUGGCUAUUAAAAGGUAGAGUGCAACACAGUGUUAUUAGAAGUCUAUGAAAUUUAUGAAGAUGUCUCAAAAGUAGAACGAAGAAAAUGAUGAAAUCUCUGAGAGUUACAAAAGCGAUUCAUAUGAUGAGUUGGAAGAAUAGAGGCAUUUUCUUGAUGAGCAGAAGGAUAAUAUCACUGUGUUUAUUGACAGAGAGAACUCUAUGAAGGAUAUCAAUAAGGAGGAGAGGAAGAUUGUGAGGAGCAAGGUCAAAGGUCCAUCAUUAGUGAGAAUGCUACAAAACUUUUCGUCUUUAAAGGUGUGGCAAGAUGAUUUCUUUAUUCUGGGCGAUUUUGAUAAGAUGAAAUGUUUUCGGAUGUACUAUCCAACGCAUAACUUUGAUCAAGUGAUCAAGUAUUACAAUCAAAAGAGAAAGAGAAUCAACAAAACUUUAUUAAAAGUGUAAUAGAGAUGA